CAUCCAUAUAAUAUAGAAAGAGAGAUGUUGAAGAAGAGGCGGAGAUCAAAGGCCGUUUCGAAGUUCUGGAAGCUCUCCACUGCCGCCAAUGACUUCCACCGUCCAUCCUCGCCGUCGUAGCAAUAAGGUAUCCUCCCUUGUCCCUACAGAUAUCAACAGCGAUGAUUACAUAGGCUUGGAGAGUUGUGUCGAUUUAAAAGGCCACCACACGGCAGCCGACAUAACUCCCCUAGCGAGCUUCCCCGAGGGAGGAAAUAGCAAGAGAGACAACAAAACGUCGUGGAUGGGGAGGAAAAAUCAGAAAAACUAUCCCCCACCAAUCCCAUUAUUGGUUCGCACUGAGAAUCUGGCUUCCCACAUACCAUGGGUGAUGAAACGGCAGUACACAGGCGAUGGACGGCUCAUACUGACAGAGGAGAAAGUGAAACACCACGAGUUCUUCCGUGCCCACAGAUCCGAUGGACGCCUGAUGCUGCAGCUUGUGACCAUGGACGACCAGGAGUUGGAUGAGGAGGGCGAUGAGGAGGAGGAGGAGGAGGAGGAGGAGGAGUGCACGGAGGCGGGAGGGAGUGAAGGGGGGAAAUGGUGCAAGUAUGAGAAUGUAAGGGACAGAGACACAGCGUUCAUGUUCGGAGUGGAAGUGGCUGCAGGGAGCUUGAGGAGUGUUCGAGGGUAAGGAAAUGUGUCAGCAGCAGCAGCAGCAGCGUAGAGAAUAGGAUUUUAGUUGAAGCGAAAUGGUUAUGGUGUGUUUGGGAGUUUUGGUCCGGUUUUUAGAGUGUUAGUUAGUUUGGUUCUCCUAUAAAAAUAAAGUAAUAAUAAUAUGAAGGGUAGAGAGAUAUCAAUUUCCAAAUUAAAGCCCCAUUUUUUGGUUUUCUCC